AUGUUUAGAUCUAAACCGCGCUACGACCCCGAGGCAUUUCUCGCAGAAUCGCCGGACCGCGCGAAUCGUAGGGGGAGGCAACUAAUCGACAACAUGAAUGCAUUUCGAGAGACCCUACAGGACAGAAACGCCGACAAUUUGCACUUCAUCCAUAACCAGAACAUUCCGUCUGCGAUCCCUCCAGAACGAUUGAAUGCGUUGAGAAGGGAGAAGCCGGUGAUGCCGGCGUCUGCAAGGCGAUCGGGGCGACAUGCACGCGCACCAAGCGCGGAAGGCGUGGAUGAGUUGGUCCAGCAUUUGCGCGACAUGGACUUGAACAUCUCGCAAUUGCAGAUGCUGGUCGAUCGAGAGGUGGAACUCUGGCGUCUCCAUCCAGACAAGGUUUCCACUUACCUAAAUGCUUUGAAUAGCGUACUAGAGGCUCAACGAAACUCCAAUGCCGAGCCAGAGAAGUGCUCUGCCGAUGUCCCCAUACCAUCGGAGGCUGCUAACAGGAGAGAGCAUUACGGUCGAGUCGGAGUACCGCCUUCUGCGCACAAACACACGUCUCCUGAAAUCUUGCAUGAGCUUCACGAGCACGAAACGGAUCGCAAGCCUGUGCCAAUUAGAACAACAGGUGUGCAGCAACCUGUUGCUGGAAGUUCUCAGCAAGCGAUGGUUGAAGCUUGGGAAUAUGAGCAGACUUUAUUUGAGUUCAAUGCUCAGAUGGGCGCUGCGGCUCCACAACGGUUGCAGCAACAGACAGCAAUACAAGACAUGCUUGCAGCUCAAGCUUUCUCUACGGAGAAUCCCAAUGCAGAAUUGGCGCAGGAUCGGGACUCUCAAUAUUCUGAGGUGACUGCUGCCAGUUCUUUCUCAAGAUCGCACCGGGAUUCUAAACAUGAAUCACAAGAUCAAGAUAAUUUCGCAGCAAGAAUCAUGUCUGGUCUAUUUGGAGAUGCCCCAAGCGUGCAAAAGACACUUUCAGAGCUUCGAGAUAUGCUGGUCAAUCAUCCAGCAGCCCCCCAUUCACGGUCGGAUCAUCUUGCCCCACGCGCGCCCGCGUCACUUGCUCCAUCCAGCGAGGUCCGUGGCAGUCACGAGAAUCAAGUCGACAUUCACGGUGCUGUGUUGUCGGACGAAGAGCUCGCGACUGAGGAACACAUCCGCGAUCUAUUGUCUUCUUCGCAGUACGACCGGCAAGAGAAAUCGCGUACUUCGGGGCUGAGACGCAAGAGUUURGCACUCACGGAAGUUGGGAAGAAAGUUGCUCAUGGCCUCUCGAACAUGGCUCGGUCUUUGAGAAGUCGUCACAAGAGCAUGAAACUGAAGGCGGAAGCUUCUCACGACGGAGCUGCCCUGGCUAUCAAUAGCACGGACGACGUUCAAUCCAAACGUGAGGGAAAGCGUCCUGUACGGCAAACAAGCUCGAGAGAGGCUCCGGCAAGCCUCUUGUCCCCUCACGAUGAAGACAAACUCAUCCGUGAGGUCCUAGAGCAACAGCGCCUUAUGGCUGCAGCCGCUGCGAGAGCUCUCAAGGACUUUCAAGGAAGUUUCCUCACGGAAUGCGUGUGCUGUGGUGACGAGAAGAACACGGGGCUGUCAUUUCCGUCGCGCCCACCAACGGACGCCUGCGAGCAUGCACCAAAGACGUGUCUGGAAUGUUUGGACUGCUGGCUUGCUUCUGAGCUGGCGGGCAAGGGCUGCAAGGCAUUACGUUGUCCCGACUGCUUGAAAGAGAUGGAAUACGAGGAUGUUCGACGAGGAGCAUCGGAGAAGACGAGGGAGGGUUAUGAUGGACGACUGUUCCUGAUGGCUUUGAGCGAGGAGCCUGAAUUCGCUUGGUGUUUGGUAUGUACGAUUCAAUGGAUAUUUGAGCUGAUGCUGACUGAAAGGUAG